UAUAACCUAUGCUCUUAAUUUACGCGCGAAGUUGUGGCGGACGUUAUUUAACCACAAUAUUCGUUGAGGAAGAGAAACUCCUAAAAAACUAAGAAACUGCGAUUUUUUGAGAACUGGGUCUACUAAAACUUGUAAGAAAUGGCGAAUAAAGUGGCGAGGGAUUAUAUCAAGGAUAAGGAGCAAAUGAAGUCCUUCUUCCUUGAAUUCGUGGCAAUGGAUGAUAAUACAGGAAAUAAAGUCUUCAAAUAUAGACAAAUGCUUACCAAGAUAGCACACAGAGAACAAAUUAGCUUUGAGAUUGAUUUGGAUGAUGUACAGUCGUUCGACGACGAAUUGGCCAUGUCUAUUGCUAAUAAUACAAGAAGAUAUACCAAUUUAGUCCUGAAUCUUGUUCAAGAGAUGCUGCCUGACUUCAAAGAAGGAGUUGUUUUACCUAAAGAUCCAUUGGAUGUAUAUACAGAGCAUCGAUUGUUACUGGAAGAGCGUAACAGAGCUCAGGGUAGGCCUCAAAAUACCGUCAAGAUUAAUUAUGCUCCCGAAUUGAUGCGUCGUUUUGAAGUCUACUUUAAAGAUUUCUCUGAUGCAAAGGCAUACUCAGUAAGAGACAUCAAGGCAGAUAAGAUUGGAAAAUUGGUGACAGUUAGAGGUAUUGUCACAAAAGCAACUGAGGUGAAGCCAAUGAUAGUUGUGGCGACGUAUACAUGUGAUGAAUGUGGUUCGGAAGUGAGCCAGCCGGUGCAUUCCUUGAGCUUCAUGCCAUUACGAACGUGCCCGAGCGAUGGAUGCCGCGUAAACAAAUCUGGCGGCAGAUUGUAUCUACAAACAAAGGGUUCAAAGUUCAUCAAAUUUCAAGAGUUAAAAUUGCAGGAACAUAGCGAGCAAGUUCCAGUUGGUCACAUACCGCGAUCGUUAACCAUCUUCUGUCGUGGCGAAACGACGAGAACGUGUUUGCCUGGAGACCACGUUAUUAUAACUGGUGUGUUUCUGCCAUUCCUGAAAACUGGUUUUAACGCUAGAACAGGACCUGCACUUUCCAGUGAAACUUAUUUGGAUGCACAUAAAAUGAUAUGCUUGAAUAAUGUGAAUACUGUAGAUGAUGGCAGUGCGGAAUUGACUGAAGAAGAACUGAGUUUACUGAUGCAAGAUGAUUUUUACAACAAGUUGGCUUGUUCCUUGGCCCCGGAAAUAUAUGGACUUGAAGAUGUGAAAAAGGCAUUGCUUCUGCUUCUCGUUGGGGGAACGGACAAAAAGAAAGGCGACAUUAAAAUUCGAGGUAACAUUAAUAUUUGCUUGAUGGGAGAUCCCGGUGUAGCAAAGUCGCAAUUAUUAUCUUACAUUACGCGAUUGGCCCCGAGAUCGCAGUACACUACCGGACGAGGAUCAUCCGGCGUAGGUUUGACCGCUGCCAUUAUGAAGGAUCCUUUAACGGGUCAAAUGGUAUUGGAGGGUGGAGCUUUGGUACUGGCAGAUCAAGGGGUUUGCUGCAUCGACGAGUUUGAUAAAAUGGCAGACGCGGAUAGAACGGCAAUCCACGAAGUGAUGGAGCAACAGACCAUAUCUAUUGCCAAAGCUGGCAUAAUGGCUCGUUUAAACGCGAGAGUUUCGAUAUUAGCUGCCGCUAAUCCGGCAUACGGCAGAUAUAACCCGCAGAGAUCGGUCGAGCAGAACAUUCAAUUGCCCGCCGCUUUACUGUCACGGUUUGACUUAUUAUGGCUUAUUCAAGAUCGCGCAGAUCGGAGCAAUGAUCUUAAACUCGCGCAACAUAUCACAUAUGUUCAUCAGCAUUGCUCGCAACCUCCGACAGAAACGGAAGCUAUAGAUAUGAAAUUGAUAAGGAAAUAUAUAAAACUUUGCAAAACGAAGGAACCUGCUGUAUCAGAAGAAUUAACAGAAUAUAUUGUAGAGUCUUAUGUAGAAAUGCGGAAAGAAGCACGUAACAGCCACGAUAAGACGUUUACUUCCGCUCGUAAUUUACUGGCUAUCCUUCGAUUGUCGACGGCAUUAGCACGAUUGCGGUUAUCGAAUGUAGUUGAUAAGGAGGAUAUAGCAGAAGCAAAUAGAUUAGUGGAGAUGUCCAAACAUUCGAUCAAUUACUCCGAACAACGCACCAAUAACGCGCAACAGAAUCCAACUAACAGGAUCUUCCAACUGAUACGAGAAUUGGCAGGCGAUAAAAAAACCGUCAAAGUAUCGGAUAUUCUGGAACGAUGUACGAGCAAAGGAUUUAAACCCGAUCCGGUGUACAAAUGCAUCGAGGAAUACGAAGCGUUGAAUGUGUGGCAGGUCAAUCAGACCAGAAGAUUAAUCACUUUUAUUUAAUUUUUAGUAUGAAGAUGACAAUAUCUGCAGAAACUAAUAUUUUUUAAUACUCAAAGACAUUCUGUAUUUUUUACAAUAAAGCAUUAACACUUUUUAUUUGAAUAUUAUGCAAUUGAAAGUGUUUUGUUCUAAAAAUAAGGAAGUUAAUUUGUUGAAUUUUAAUAAGAUUAAUAUAUUGGAUAACUACCAAGACGUUCAUAGUUCUAUAUGUCAAACUAGAAAUUUAAAAACCUUUUAGAAUUUUAUUUUUUGAAAUUUCUGAAAUAAUCCGAUUGUUCUUUACUGGUUUUUGAGACUCACAAGUUCCACAUAAAAAUU